AUAUGUCAUUAAGAUCCUGCUGAGCCAUGCGUUCUUCCAGGAAGAGACUGGUGUGCGUGUGGAGCUGGCCGAGGAGGACGAUGGGGAGAUGAUCGCUAUCAAACUGUGGCUGAGGAUAGAAGACGUCAAGAAGCUGAAGGGAAAGUACAAGGACAACGAAGCCAUCGAGUUCUCCUUCGACCUCAACAAGGACUUCCCCGAAGAUGUGGCACAGGAAAUGGUACGGUUGGUUGGUUGGUUGGUUAAUUGAUACAUGUAUUUUUUGCUAAGUAAUUGAUCAUGUGAUUAAAAACAAAACCACAACAUCACUGAAAAAGGUGGCUUGAUAGAGGAUUGACUAGUCAUGGUGGUUCCUUCUCCUGUCCCAACAGGUUGAGUCUGGCUAUGUGUGCGAGGGAGACCACAAGACGAUGGCCAAGGCCAUCAAAGACCGAGUGUCUCUGAUCCAAACGAAGAGAGAACAGAGGCAGCUGGUCCGAGAGGAGUUGGAGAAGAGGAAUCUAAAGCAGCAGGCCCUACAGGCAGCAGAGGCCCUCAGAUCCCCCCAGCAGAGUCAGUUACCCCCCCAGCCCCAGCCCGUUGCCCCAGCCCAGCCCCCCAUAGCCCAGACUGAGAAGGAGGACCCAGAGAUGGACCAGCACCAACAACAGCAGCAGUACCAACAGGCCAACAUCUCCAUGACAUGUAGGUGGACUAGGCACAGUGUCUCGCUCAGAGAUGUGCAUUCGGAAAGUGUUCAGACCCCUUCACUUGUUUCACAUUUUGUUACGUUACAGAAUAAAUAAAAAAAUUCAUCAAUCUACACAUAAUGACAAAGUGAAAACAGGUUUUUAUAAAUGUUUGUUAAUUUAUUAAAAAUAAAAAACAUAAAUACCUUAUUUACAUAAGUAUUCAGACCCUUUGCUAUGAGACUCAAAAUUGAGCUACGGAAUUGUCCGUAGAGCUCCGAGACAGGAUUGUGUUGAGGCACAUAUCUGAGGAAGGUUACCAAAAAAUGUCUGCAGCAUUGAAAGCCCCCAAGAACACAGUGGGCUCCAUCAUUCUUAAAUGGAAGAAGUUUGGAACCACCAAGACUCUUCCUAGAGCUGGCCGCCCGGCCAAACUGAGCAAUCGAGGGAGAAGGGCCUUGGUCAGGGAGGUGACCAAGAAUCCGAUGUUCACUCUGACAGAGCUCCAGAGUUCCUCUGUGGAGAUGGGAGAACCUUCCACAAGAACAACCAUCUCUGCAGCGCUCCACCAAUUAGGCCUUUAUGGUAGUGGCCAGACGGAAGCCACUUCUCAGUAAAAGGCACAUGACAGCCCGGCUUGGAGUUUGCCAAAAGGCACCUAAAGGACUCUGACCAUGAGAAACAAGAUUCUCUGGUCUGAUGAAACCAAGAUUGAACUCUUUGACCUGAAUGCCAAGGGUCACGUCUGGAGGAAACCUGGCACCAUCCCUACGGUGAACAUGGUGGUGGCAGCAUCAUGCUGUGGGGAGUUUUUUCAGCGGCAGGGACUGGGAGACUAGUCAGGAUCGAGGGAAAGAUGAACGGAGCAAAGUACAGAGAGAUCCUUGAUGAAAACCUGCUCCAGAGCGCUCAGGACCUCAGACUGGGGCGAAGGUUCACCUUACAACAGGACAACGACCCUAAGCACACAGCCAAGACAACGCAGGAGUGGCUUCGGGACAAGUCUCUGAAUGUCCUUGAGUGGCCCAGCCAGAGCCCGGACUGGAACCCGAUCAAACAUCUCUGGAGAGACCUGAAAAUAGCUGUGCAGCGACGCUCCCCAUCCAACCUGACAGAGCUUGAGAGGAUCUGCAGAGAAGAAUGGGAGAAACUCCCCAAAUACGGAUGUGCCAAGCUUGUAGCGUCAUACCCAAGAAGACUUGAGGCUGUUAUCGCUGCCAAAGGUGCUUCAACAAAGUACUGAGUUAAGGGUCUGAAUACUUAUGUAAAUGAUAUAUAUUUUUAAAAAUUGCAAACCUUUCUAAAAACCUGUUUUUGCUUGGUCAUUAUGGGGUAUUGUGUGUAGAUUGAUGAGGGGAGAAAAAACCCAAUUUAAUCAAUUUUAGAAUAAGGCUGUAACGUAACAAAAUGUGGAUAAAGUCAGAGUCUGAAUACUUUCCAAAUGCACUCUAUGUUCUGUGAUUAUCGAGAAUGCGCCAGGAAAUCAGGAAUGCAAUGUAGUUGAUAUUGUAUAUCUCUCAAUGGCUCUCUUGAUCUCAAUCUGGAUUUCUCUCUCUCUGGAUUUGUCUCGGUCGCUCUCUCUCUUCUCUCUCUCUCUCUUGAUCUUUUUCACUCUCUCGAUCUUUUUCACUCUCUCUCUCUUUUUUUUUUCUCUAUCUUUUUCUCUCCAUCUCUCUCUCCCUCCCUCUCCCCUCCUUUCUCAUCUGGUCACCGUGUGUGUUCUCGUCCCCUCCACCUACAGCUGACGGAGCGGUGGACAACGGCCAGGCUUCGUCCCUGUUCUCAGAGUCCCAUCUGGGCCAGCUGACCAUGUCCUACAGCAACAUCCCUGCUACCCAGCAGCAGCAGGGCCAAGCCCAGGCCCAGGCCCCCUACCCCUCCCCUUCUCCCCAGCAGCAGCUCAAUGCCUACCAACAGCAGAACAUGGUAAGUGAUGUCAUCAAAACGAGACGGAGGGAUUUGUCGUUUUUUUUCUUCUAGUUCUUAGGAAGAUUGAAGUGAAUUGCAGUGGAGUUUGCAGUUGUAAUAUGCAUGAGAGUGAUGUCUGAAGAGUGGAUUUGGAGCCAGUUCCCUUUUGAGAUGAAGAGGUUCUCAGUCUUUGAAAUGGAGCAACCUUUUUCCUUCCCGGCUGCCCUCUCUCUCAGGUUUGUCCUGUAGUCCUUUAUAGUCCCAGAACUGUUUGUGCCGUCUUGCCAACUCCUAUGGUCAUUGUUACACUAAUCAUGACAAUUAUAAUAGGAGUUGCCAAUACAGCGGAGACAUGUCUGACAUCAGGCUACUAUAGUCCCACGAGUUCGUCAAUUUCACAUUUCGGUCUUCUUGGCACCGCAUUGGUGGACAAGCAGCUGCGUUCUAACCAACUUAUUCAGUAAUGAAUAAAUUACAAGCUCAAAGUGGCAAUAUCCAGAGAAACCCAGCGAUCAGGUUUUACAGUUCCUCUUUGAACAGUAACACACGCUGAUGGUCUUGCUGUUUGCCAAGAGACCACAAACCCAAUGUCUGGAACAGUAUUCUUCAGUGUAUUGGGAGGAAUAGUGAAAAAUAUUUGAAAAUAUGGCCUUAUAGAAUAUCAAAGUAUUAAACUGGCUGUUAAUUCAGUGUUUUAAUUGCUCUCAUGUUUCCACUCUAACUAAUACAAGGGACAGGAACAGGAACAGCUUUCGGUCAUACAACAAACAGUCGCACAAGACGAUUGAUCUACGCCCAAAACACACAAAUGAAGGAAUCCAAAACAAAUAUAGUCACACAAGACACAACGAUUGGCCUACGCCUCAAAACACACAAAUGUAGGAAGCACAAACCAAUACGUUAAUCUACACCCAAAAUAUAUAGCCUAGCUACGAAAGAGCUGCCCUUCUGCUCCAUAGGUACCCGUCUGUCUCCGCUAACAGGGCGUGACCCCACGGUCACCCCUAAAGGUCAAAAGUUCAAAACCAAUGUUCUAGAACCCAUCCCAAAGGGUUUAGACAGAUGUAUAAUUAACACCAUCCGAAAGGGUUUAGACAGAUGUAUAAUUAACACCAUCCUAAAGGGUUUAGACAGAUGUAUAAUUAACACCAUCCUAAAGGGUUUAGACAGAUGUAUAAUUAACACCAUCCUAAAGGGUUUAGACAGAUGUAUAAUUAACACCAUCUUAAAGGGUUUAGAUGGAUGUAUACAGUAUUAACACCAUCCUAAAGGGUUUAGACAGAUGUAUACGGUAUUAACACCAUCCUAAAGGGUUUAGACAGAUGUAUAAUUAACACCAUCUUAAAGGGUUUAGACAGAUGUAUAAUUAACACCAUCCUAAAGGGUUUAGACAGAUGUAUAAUUAACACCAUCUUAAAGGGUUUAGAUGGAUGUAUACAGUAUUAACACCAUCCUAAAGGGUUUAGACAGAUGUAUACGGUAUUAACACCAUCCUAAAGGGUUUAGACAGAUGUAUAAUUAACACCAUCUUAAAGGGUUUAGACAGAUGUAUAAUUAACACCAUCCUAAAGGGUUUAGACAGAUGUAUAAUUAACACCAUCUUAAAGGGUUUAGACAGAUGUAUAAUUAACACCAUCCUAAAGGGUUUAGACAGAUGUAUAAUUAACACCAUCCUAAAGGGUUUAGACAGAUGUAUAAUUAACACCAUGCCAAAGGUUAGAAGCCCCAGUCAUGCUCUUGAGUCAUGGGUCUUUAGGUCUUCAGUUACUUACAGGUAAGUGCCGGAAUUAACUAGCCUUUGAUUCGCCAAAAGUGAGAACAGCUGCAAGUUUCAGAAAUCAGUUACUCUGUGUGUUUUAGUUUGUGGAUUACAGUUUGGUCAGUAUUGUCUUCUAUCUCCUGUUUUGUUUUAAUGUAUUGAACUGUUAGUUGUUUUGCCCAAUGUCAGUUGGUUUGAUUUGAAUUUCUGAACAGAAUGAUGCAUGUUGGAGAAACCAAAGCCACUCCGAAGUAAAGAAACUCCACUUUGAGUUUGAUUCCUUUUUUCCCCUCAUACCUUCCACAUUGCUGCAUCCUCAGCUAUGCCAUGCAUCUUGUUCUAGUACAGUACCCUGUUCCCCCCCCCCCCCCUCCCCCAACCCAUCCCCCCAAUCCCAACCAAUCACUUAUGGUACAUAUUAUUAAUAGUACUUAUGUUGGUAUUUCUCAUUAUUUGUGUUUUGUUUUGUUUUUAUACAUAUUAGGCAGUUAGCUGUGCAAACUGUCAGGGCCUCCAUCAAUCCCAUACUGUUUAUUUUAGAGGUGCCAUGAUGCUGUCCGUUUUUACGGUCUCUGUUUGGCACGCUGGGCAGUCACCUCAGCCCGCCGUCACUCAUCAGUGUCAGACACACUGAAUCACAAGCCUUGUUACUGGACCUGACUCAGUCAUCUCCAUAAUGUCAGUGAAUUAUAGCUCACUAGACCUUCCUAAAGCUGUGGAACUGUCACCACAAACCAUACACCUGAUGGCGUAUGUCAGAUCGAGAUUUCCAAGCUGUUCAAGCUUAUCAAGUAUUGUUUGCAUUCAACAUUGAUUACACAUUAAUUCCACCGUGUGUGUGUGUGUAGUCUUUGGUAAGCUUGCACAAAUAUUUAUUGGGCAUGACAACCAGUCAUUUUAAAUUCUGUAAUCAUUUUACCAUUGUUUGGUUUUAUUUGACCAUCAAGUGCUAUUACUUUACAGUGAAUCGAUCUGCUCAAUGAUAGUAGUAGAAGUGUUAAAAUGAUAUUGCCGUUAGUCCUAAAUGGCAUAUUUUACAUUGAAACAAUGCCUAGCUCCUGCUAUUUCUAUAUGUGAAUAAGCAAAAACACAGUUAUAUAUCAAUAAAAUCAAACCUGAAAAAGGCUUGUGGACAUCAUAUUUUGCACUACAUUAUUGCGUGUUGUGUUUUUUAUACUGAGAGAUGGGAUUGAUUGGUGUGUCUAUGCAGUCUGCGCCACUACUGCUUGGGUUUUAGUUUUGUCAUUUGAGAUAAUUUUAUGUCUUCCUCUUUGUCUGUUUAUUUAUUGUGUGUUUAUCAUCAAAUGUUUUGGUUCCCUGUGUGAUAUAAAUCACAUCACUUCUUUUUAGUAAAGCCUUUUUAACCGCUGUACUGUGUUGUCCUGUAAAACAUCUCAUUAGAUGUAAACAAUGUUUUCACAAGGGCUACUAACUAUUCCUGGGCUGCAACUGAAUUCAGUUCUGAAAGGUUCCAUUAACAAAGCUGCCUUUACUUUGAGAAUGAGUUCAUAGCCCUUCAUCUCUUGAAAGCCCACACUUUGCUGGGCCUUGCCUUUUUAGUAGUAUCCUCUGCUGUCUUAUAACCAGUAGCACAGUAACCAGUAGGCUUCACUAGACUAUAACCAGUAGCACAGUAACCAGUAGGCUUCACUAGACUAUAACCAGUAGCACAGUAACCAGUAGGCUUCACUAGACUAUAACCAGUAGCACAGUAACCAGUAGGCUUCACUAGACUAUAACCAGUAGCACAGUAACCAGUAGGCUUCACUAGACUAUAACCAGUAGCACAGUAACCAGUAGGCUUCACUAGACUAUAACCAGUAGCACAGUAACCAGUAGGCUUCACUAGACUAUAUAAACAGAAGAAUUGACUAGGCACAGAUCAAAUAUAAAUGCAACAUUGUAGAGCUACUGUGGAUGAAUAAGGAAUAGCUUCAUCAACCCCCGAAUCAACUGUUCCCUGACCACUCUUAGCAGAACAUUUGAUUUAUUUUUAGCCCAUUGUGUAGAAUCAGCAAGGUGAACGUGUCUGUGAAUCAUUGUACAGACACAGCAGACUGUGCCUCUGGUACACUGGAAUUGCCAAGUCCCCUGCCAGCAGCUGGCUACCUAGCUAUAUUUAGUUUACUGCAGCAGAGCAGUACACCGUCUCUGGCAGUGAUUUUCCUUUCAGCCACACUAUGAUUUAGAACACUGGCUGCGUCUGAAAUGGCACCCUAUUCCCUAUGUAGUGCACUACUUUUGACCAGGCACAUAGAUCUAUAUAGGGAAUAGGGUGCCAUUUCAGACGCGGCCACUGGGAUUAGUCUGAGGGUAGAAUAUCUUCUUUAGAUAGUUAUGCAAUACCAAUACAUUGAGUGGUUCUUAUUCAGGUAGUGUUUCAUUUCAACAAAGCCUGAAUAAGUAGAUUAGAGCUGUUUUUAGUGUUGCAAUGUUUUAUUUUAGUCAUCCUAGCUUCCCAAAUCUGCAUGCGUGUUAAUAAACUCACUUUAAAUGACCUAGAAAUGGCUCUAGCACUCACUUAAAUCUCUAACUUGAAAUUGUAGAUUACUUUUCCUUUUAAUCAGUAUUGGCAUAUCACCAUCACUGUUACUUACCUCUUAUCUAACCUCUUUCUGUUCCCAAUAUGCUCUUGCAGUUCUUCUGAGCGCAGAGAUGUUUUGACACCUCUUUCUAGCCUUAAUACUUAGCUCUCUUCUUCUAAUGCCAUGUGUCUUGUCUUUAUUCCAUAGUGUUCAUUGUGUCCCAUGUUAUCAGAUCUUUAGAUCUUUCAGCUCUUUGUCACCUCUGUUGACCUGUGUUUAGUUAACCUGUGUUCCAUCCAUUCUGUGGUUAAUCGUCGUUCCCUCCUUCCUUCCUCCGCCUGCAGCCUCUCCCACCACCUCCCUGCCACCGCGGCCGUAGCAUGUCCGUUUGUGUCCCCUACUUUUCCUCCACCCCUCCUGCUUUGUCCUGCCUUCCCAACCGGCCCUCCACCCCUCCUCCGAUGCUCUCCGCCCCACACUCCCCCUGCCGGGGGUCGGACGACGGCGACACGUUUGCGGGCCGGCUCUCCAAGGCCCUGGAGAGUGUCCUGCCCCUGCAUUCCACCCCGCCUCGCCCACGGCAACAACGCCGAGCCAGCCUCCCGGCGCUGUUUGCCAGCCCUGUAUGU